CAGAGAUCGAAAGGCAUGACCUGACUUCAGUGUACAAGGAUAUCUGCCUUGCAUAGGAUGGUUUAUUGUUACAUUUUUUACAUUUUCCAUAUCAUAGAGAGAUGUCAUAACUUAGAAGAAAUAUCCUGUUUCAUAAGACUCCAACCAUGGGCAAAAUUAAGAAAUGCCUGGCAUUUACUGUUUGUGUUUGGAUUUUUGGGAGCUUUCUCUUGUGUUCAGUUUCUGCCAAUCCCAGCCUCUGGGGUAAGAAAGUGGACUUUCUAGGUGUGGGGUUUUGUCACUGGCAGCUGAGCAAAACCUUUUCUAUGCCGUCUUUAGUGGAACUGAGUGUGUGUGCUGACCUGAAGCGAUGGAUCUCCACUACAGAAUGGACUGCUUUUGUGUACAAUAAACCGGGAGGACAGAAUAUCGAGCUUGGCUUGGGUGGAAUGGGGGGCAAUUUGAAAGCCUGGCUUUUCGGGUAUGAAUGGGUGAUUGCCCAUGACCUGCCCCUUCAGAGUUGGCACACGAUUUGCCUCACAUGGUCAAAUCUCAAUCGAAAUUUCCAGUUGAUUAUUAAUGGCACAGUUUACUUUAAUUAUAAGGUAAAUGAGUCAUUGCCUAGUAGCUUGGCUCCGAAUGGCACGCUGACUUUGGGGAUAUCUCACAGAAUUGUUGGUGGAGUUCUGGAUUUUGAGACCGGAAAAAAUUUAAUUGGGGAAAUGACACUGUUCCGUAUGUGGGGAUUUGUAUUGACUCCCCAACAGCUUACUGAUUUGAAGUGUAUUAGUGGAAACAUCGUAACCUGGAGCAUGAAUACCUGGGAGUAUCAAAGCUGUCCACCUAUUAUUGACAACAAGCUAAAGUGUGAAUGUCCAAAGUAUAGAAUAAAUAUGGAGAUAUCCAUUACACAAAAGAUGAAUUAUAAUCUAAACAUCAUUGAGAUCAAAGAAAUCACAGAGCAAUGGCUUAAGGACAUUUUCCCUCCAAACAUUUUACUGAAUUAUGUGUUCAUAUCACAUCUGAGCCAAAGAUAUAAAAAAAACAGUCAACUCACUGAAGAGAAGAACACUGAAAUUAAGGGUGGAAGAAAUCUGUUACCUAAAACAGAAUGGUUCAGAGCCCUGGUUUAUAUGACGGUGAGUCCUGCAGCUGCUGUAGAUGAGACUCAGGCUCUGCUAUGGACAAUGUUAAUACCCACCUACAAGCACAGUGAUCACAUCAGCGUACAUACUGAUCUGGCCUCUGUAAACAUCCUUCCACAAGAUUUUAUAGACACUUUUUGUAGAGUUCAUAUGAACCUUACAAUGAACGGCUCUGUGGGGGACACAGCUGAGACCAUUCUACUCUGGCUUCAGCCAACAUUGGGAGGAAGCCACAAAAUGAAAGUUUUAAAUUUCAAGCUAACCAGUGUUCCUAAAAACUAUAGAAUGAAGAAAGCAUUGCCAGACUUCAGGUAUAGCUGCACCUUCCAUGUCCAGGUCCCACCUUCAAUGGAUGUCACUGAAACCAAAAAAAUUCUUUUUGACCUCUUAACGAAAGGAUUUGCAAAUAGUACCCUCACAAUUAAUGUCACACAUGAGGAGAUCAUCAUCUUAAACAUAGAGCCUGGGUUUUGCCUAGAGGAUAAAACUCUAACAGUUUAUGGACAGUAUAUUUGGCCCUCCACAGCAGCUGAGGACAAGUAUGAGAUGAGGUGUGAGAAGGGAAAUGAAGUUGCUGUAAGACUUUGUAAACUAGAUGGCAGCACCGAUGCAGCGAUUUGGGAUCCACCAGAUUUGUCCAUGUGUGAGAAAGUUGUGACAAACAUCGGUGACUUAGAAAGUGUCACAGUUACACAAAACAAUUCGGCUGACAUUGUGGUCAUGAUUGAGAAUUUAUUGCAGAACCAGACAAACCUGAGUCCUUCUGAACUGGACACUGUGUUGCAGAAACUGUCUGAUGUCACACAUGUUGGUAUCAUGACCACUCAGUUGGCAAACAGCAUUAUAAACGUGGUUUCAGAACUCUUUUUCUCCACAUCUUUUCUUUCUGAAGCUACAAAUGAAAUAAUUUCGAUCACUGACCAAGUAGGAUCUAGGUUGGAUUUCUCUGGAGAACUUCACAACACCACAGUUCCUUCACUGGCACUACAGAUCAUCAAUCUAGAUCCACAGCUUUUCCAAGGACUCACAUUUGGAGUUUCCUCAUUUCAGACAGGCCUUCCUCCUGAGAUAUUUUUUAACCAGAACUUUACUGAGCAGUCUGACUGUGGCACUGUGGCAUCCAUAUCCUUACCUCAUGCCCUGGAGAACUUUUUCCCCCAGAGCAACAGAAGUCGUGUUCAGUUUCAUUUCUAUGGUACUGAAAACCUAUUCCAGGACCAGCUGAGUAACCUGGUGCUGAACUCCUAUGUGGUUUCUGCCAGUGUAACCAAUGCCAGUGUGAGUGACCUGAAGCAACCAAUCAUAAUCACUCUCCUUCAUCUUCAGCCCAAACAGGACCGGGACAUGGUCCAGUGUGUCUAUUGGAAUUCAGAGAAGAACUAUGGAAAUGGUGGCUGGGAUGAUACUGGAUGCCAGGUUAAAUAUAGCAAUGCCACUCAUACAUCAUGCCUCUGUUUUCACCUCACACAUUUUGGAGUGCUGCUGGAUAUAUCCAAAACACCCAUAAACCCCAAAGAUGACAUGAUUCUAACAGUUAUCACAUACCUGGGCUGUGGCUUGUCCUCCAUCUUUCUCGGCAUCACUGUGCUGACUUAUAUGGCCUUUGAAAAGCUGCGACAAGAUUACCCAUCUAAGAUCCUUAUCAACCUCUCAGGGGCCUUGCUGGGUCUCAACCUGCUCUUUUUGAUUAACUCUUGGCUUGCUUCAUUUAAUAACUAUGGACUGUGUAUUGCAGUGGCUGCCAUUCUUCACUACUUCUUUCUGGCCACAUUUACUUGGAUGGGACUUGAGGCUAUCAACAUGUACCUGGCUUUUGUGAAAGUCUUUAAUGUCUAUGUUCCUUCCUACAUCCUUAAGUUUUGUGCUCUUGGAUGGGGCUUACCUCUGAUUAUUGUCAGUAUAGUUCUUGCUGUGGAUAAAAACUGCUACGGUACCACUCAAUCCCUCUCAUCUGCUGAAGAAUUUUCAUCUUUCUGCUGGUUACAGAAUGACGUAGCAUUCUAUGUGAGUGUUGUGGCAUUUGUGGUGCUGAUCCUGGUCUGCAACAUCAGCAUGUUUGGUGUGGUGCUGGUGCAGAUACGAGGCAUGCAGCUCACUAAAGAUGCAGGUCGGUGCAGCAGAAUGCUACAUGAAAUGCGUGUGAUGGCCAGUCUUACCUUUCUGUUGGGUCUCACAUGGAUGCUGGCUUUCUUCACCUGGGGCCCGAUGCGAGUCCCUUUCCUCUACCUCUUCUCACUCCUUAAUACUCUUCAAGGCUUUUUUAUAUUUCUGUUCCACUGUCUCAUGAAAGAGAAUGUACGUAAGCAAUGGAGAAUUCACUUAUGCUGUGGACGAUUUAAACCCAGUGGCUGCUCAGACUGGAGUGGUUCAGUGACGCUGGGUGGUAGAGCUAAAAGUGUGAAAUUGGAUCACAUUUCAUCUGAAACUACAAGUGAACGGAAGAUUUCCAGUAGCAGUCAAAAAAAUGAAAAUUAAAGGAGAGAGAUGGCAGCAUUCACCGCUCAGGCUGGAAAUUGCAUUGCGCAAAUUUGACCCCAUAUGUCUACUCAACCAUAAUGAAGCGAUUUAUUCUGUACAAUUAAGUCAAUCUCUUCGCCAACACUUUUAUUAUGCAGUCUUUCUAUUAUGCUUUUUUUAAAACAUCAGGCUUCUGUGUAUUAAGGUUGUUAAUGUCAAGAAACUGUAUGUUGUUGGUAAUAUACUGUAUUCUACAACUUCUGGUGGUUACAAAAGUGUAAAGUGUGUACAUCAAAUCAUUUGUUGAGAUAAAAUAUACUUGGCUUUA